ACAACAACAAAACCUACAAGAAUGAAGUCAAAUAGCAUUUUUAAAGAAUAGUCAUUAGUUUAUCUGGAUUUUUUUUAAAAAAAAAUUUAAACUUUAAAUAAUGAUUAAAUGUGCGAGAACAAAAUGUUUAAUUUUACAACAAUACAGUUAGCAUUCUAUGAGAUUAAAGUAAACAUUUUACAAGAAAAUAUGACUCGUAGUGGAAUGAACUGAAAUAUGAGAAACAAAUGACAUUUUUAGGUGUAAAGUCUUAAUUUUGCAAGAUUUAAAAAAUAAUAAUAUUGUACAAGAAUGCAGUUGUAAUUUUACAAUUGUUAAGUAUUCAUUGUACAGGAAUACAAUUGAUAAUAGUAUGAGAAGACAUUUUUUAACAAGAAAACAGUUUCAUAAUAGUUGUCACUUCAUUUUUAAAUUUAGGUAAUUUACUACAAAAAUAUUAAAGUUCAUUUAAUUUCAUUUUUACCAUUUAAGGUACAUUUCAUGAGACUAAUGGAAAAUAUUGUAUAAUGAUGAGAAAAGUCAAAAUUUGUAUGAUAAAGUUGUAAUGUUACAGGGAUUAAGUAUUCAUUUUAAGCUGAAAAAAUAAGUAAUUUUCCAACUAUUUGUAAUUUAAUGAGGAAAAAUAUGAAUUCAACAGAAACAAGUCUAUGAGAUUUAACAAUUGUCAUGGUGCAAGAAUCAAGUUGUUAUUUCUUAUUACUUCAUGGUAGAAUGUUAUAAUUGUUAUGUUGGAUGCUCCCUGCGUAGAAGAAUGUCAGCACUCUGAGGCUCCCAGACCUGCUUGAGACUAAAUGUAAUCAUUUUUAUGUUUUUGGGCUCCAUUAGGCAAAUAGGAAAAAGAAAUGGUGUGACUGGAAACCUAAUUAGCGGUCAUCCUAGCCACCAGCUUUGAGUUACACACGGCAGCUCGGCACAAAGUCCGUGAGAGCAAUCCCAAGCGCCGCUGUGUCGAGCUCGCGGGUGACCACUUGAGGAGUUUUCGUAAGAAGCAAAAUUUGUACUUGUCCCAUUUUGAUCUGCGGUAUGAUGGCCACAGCCAAAGGUGACCGAGCAUCCAAAUUCGAGACCUUAAAGCUCCUGGAGAAGUGCCGAAAAGAGCGGGAUGACGCCGUCCACCGAGAGACCGUCCUGCGGCACAAACUCCGGCAGUACGAGUCCAGGCUGCGCUCCACCGAGACCCUGAAGCAGAAGCUCAAGACCCUGACGGCGGACAACAAGGAGCUGAGGAAGCAAGUCAAGGCCCUCCGCAAGGAGAUCGGCCUCGAGUGCAGCCCCAGGUUCCACGGCAAGACCACCAAGGACGUCGUCAACGACCUGCACGAGAAGGAGCGCGCGUGCGACGUACUGAUAGAGAAGGCGGCCGAGCUGAGCCUGACCGUGGACGAAUUGACGUCCGAGCUGGCAAACGCCGUCACUUCCAAGACGCUGCUUCCGGUCAAAGCCUUCGAGAACAAGACUGGCGACGCAAAGACCGCAUUGGAUAGACCGAGCUUUGCCACUUAUCAUAACGACAACAAGUCUUUUAUGCUUGAUGAAAGUACAACUAAUUCAUAAAUAGUAGGGAUGCUUGAUACUACUUUUUUCAGACUGAUUAGUACGAGUAUUCACUUGAGUACUCGCCCAUACCCAGUACCGGUAUGAUUACUUGUCAACUAAUCCAUUUUUAAAUUAAUGGAGAACUAUUUUGAUAAUUAAUCAUUAGGCAGCAUUGCUGAACUUUAAAUUGUCCAAAUCCUCUUCAUUUCAGCCUCUCAACAGUAAAUAUUUUCAGAUUUCUGUAGUAAAAGCAGACUGCAUCAUUUUCUUUGCGGUUAAUAAAAAAACAAAAAAAACAACAACCUGUUUUACUUUGAAAAACAAAGAUCCACUUUUUGGUCUAUUUUCUGACAUGUUACAGACCAAAUCGGGAACGAGAUCAAAAUCAAUUUAUGGUUGUUCAUUUUCUGCACUGACUUCUGUUUGAAUAAAGCGGUGGAAAUGAAAAAUGAAUCAAAAUAAUAAACAGAUUAAUCGAUUAUGAAAACAAUUGUUAGCGGCAGCACUACUUGUGAUGCAUAACAUUUCUAUUAACAGAAUGACAGGCAAUUGAACAAAGACCUUGUCUAUAAACCACCAGCUUCUGUGGAGGGAUUAACCACUGAUUCAUGAAUACAGCAUCUGUCAUUGUCUAGAAAUGUAGUAAAUGGCCUUAUGAUUUAAACAGCAGUUUUGAUUUGUGUAUGCUUUUCGCGAUACCUUGUGUAAAAAGUUAGUGAAAUAUCACAAAUGUACCGUUACUUGUAAACCUAUAAAACACUUCCUUCAAA